AUGUCGGGUGAAAUAUCGCAGAAUUUUGACUCGAAAACCGAAAACUACCAUGGUAACGAGGUAGUGACGGUCAAGUUCCGUACGGAUGCGAAUGAAACACUGACUCAAGCGUUCGACCUGAAUACCGACAUCGGUGCGCUCAGGUCGCACCUGCACCGGACGCUGAACACGGACCCGAACCUAAUCGUCAUCGAACGCGAUGAAGCGGGGGGCGAAGUGUCGCGUCUGCCUCGUGAUGGGCAGACGCUCAAGGAGCUCGGAGCAACGUCACUGGGAAUUUUCGAACUACACUUGCGGGGCGACGGCAUACAGCUUCCCAAGCCACCCACUUACUACUUGCCAGCGGUGGACGUCAUCACAGUGGACGUUAACCACAGGCGACUAGUGGUGGAAAUCGAACGGUGCGGAGCUGUGGACGGCCAUAAGCGGUGGCUGGGGGGUUACCGGGACAAGUGCACCGGCAAGCUGUACUUUCAUGCGGCCGCGCAGACCGAUCCCAAGGCUGUAGCGACCGACGCGCCCGCUGUCCACCGGACGGACGGCCGGACGCAGACUUGCAUCGACAGGGCGGUGGGCCGGGCGUCGAGCCGACCGGUGUGGACGCAGACCGACGACUACUGCGGCAGUUUCGGGUACGCAGAUGGCAGGUGGGUAAGACCGAAACGUUACCAUAGUUAUGAGUCGUGGCUACGGGAAGAUCACGUCCUGAGCAGUGUGCUCAAGAUACAGCGGGCGUUCAGGAGGACUUUGGCGGCACGCGAGAGAAGACGUGUAGCGGCCGAAGCCGAAGCGAAAACUGAUGACGAGCAACGGCGACUGCUGAGGCAGCGGCAAUCCCGCAGCAUGACUUCAGGACCGGACGGCGGUGCGGCAGCAUCGGCUCUUGAAUCCAAGCAACAACACUUCUAUUCGCUGUACACGAUGAUCGGAAAGUGGUGGAAGAAGGAGCGGCAGCGGAUCAAGGAGAUCGAGGUGGAGAACUCAAGGAAGGCGGCGCAGAUGAACCUGCUCAAGAAGGAGAUCAAGUUCCUGUUGGAGGUAGAGAAGCAGCGAUCAGAGCUCAAGUACGAGCUGACCAAACACGACGACGUGACGUUCCUGAACAAGACGUCUAAGCCCAAGAUGUUCAAGAACAAAGCGGGAAAGCUCCUGACCGUGGACACGGUGGGCAACCAGAAGGCCCGGGCGCUAAAAGAGAUCUAUUCAAAAAUCGUGAUUCCGUCCGACGGCGUAGACCGGGCCGAAGCUCUCGACGAGCUACAUGCCGCGGUGUCCGGGUCGAGUUACAAGUACAAGGAGUACUUGCUGGCGGCCGUGGCCAUGGAAAAGGGCCUGGCCGCUAUGGGUGCAGAUGCGGACAACCUGCGGUCAGCGCGAUCCCGGGUGGAGCAAAUGUUCCGGCACUACAUCCGGCAGCCGGACGUGAACCCGGAAGCGGACUCAUACUAUCGGCCUACCGAGAAACGUGUGCUCAACGUGUACACGUGCAUCCGGUGCAAGCGCAACCUGGCGGCCACAGACUUCUCGCUAGAGAGCCGCGUGAACCGGACCAAUGUCUGCGCAAAUUGCGAGUGGACCGAACAGGUGGGUCACAAGCGCAUCGACAUGGCCCCGUACCGACGCAUGUUGAAGGCGCUCCGACACGACGAGAUGCAGAAGGCCGCGUACGGGUCCGAGUGUUUCUUGAUGCAGCCUACCGAGGUGUACCGGCUGGUGUCCGUCGUGUGGCGCGAGAAGUCAGCCGUCGGCGAAUCAAGUCAGCUCAAUGGGCUCCGGUUGGUCCGGUGGCGUCGUAACGAGCCCUGGUCGCCGUGGAACUGCGUGCUGCUGACCCGGGCCGAGGCGGAGGCCCACUGCCGACUAGACGGUGACCCGGCCGACUGCUACGACGAGCAGUUCGUCCGGUCCGUCACCAACAGGCACAUGAUGGCCCGAUUGCAGUUCGGAAAUCUGGUGCAGGCAGUCGACCAUCGGACUGCCGAUAAGGCGAAACCGCUGUCAAAACAUUGGAAAACGGUCGCCGAUCGUUUCAACAUCAAGACGCAUAAAUAG